AUGGAGGUCAGCGCGGACUCGGGUCAGUUUGCUGGCGCCGCUGCCGCCUCUCCUUGGGACGCACCGGGAGCCGCGGGCGGGGCGGGUAGGGCUGGCAACAUGGCUGCUGCCGCCGCGGCUGCCCAGGACGAGCUCAAUCAACUUGAACGUGUGUUCUUGCGUCUUGGCCAUGCAGAAACAGAUGAGCAGCUACAGAACAUUAUUUCCAAAUUCCUACCCCCUGUACUCCUCAAGCUGUCCAGCACACAAGAAGGAGUUCGUAAAAAGGUCAUGGAGCUGCUGGUUCAUCUGAAUAAGCGCAUCAAAAGUCGUCCAAAAAUUCAGCUUCCAGUAGAGACAUUGCUAGUUCAGUAUCAGGAUCCUUCUGCAGUGUCUUUUGUCACCAAUUUUACCAUAAUUUACGUUAAGAUGGGAUACCCCCGUCUGCCUGUGGAAAAACAAUGUGAAUUGGCUCCAACACUUCUCACUGCAAUGGAAGGGAAACCUCAACCACAGCAAGACAGCCUAAUGCAUCUUCUAAUACCAACCCUUUUUCACAUGAAAUACCCUGCUGAACCACUGAAAGCAGCAGCUUCUCCUUUUAAUCUUGCUGAAAAACCAAAGACUGUACAGCUGCUUUUGGACUUUAUGUUGGAUGUUCUUCUUAUGCCUUAUGGGUUUGUAUUGAAUGAAUCUCAGAGUCGACAAAAUAUGCCCUCGGGCCAGGGCUCUUCAUCAAGUAGUGUGGGAGGUCCUGGAAUUCCUCAGCCACCUCCAGGGAUGAGCUUUUAUGCAGCCAAAAGGGUAAUUGGAGAUAGCCCAUGGACACCAGAGCUACUAGAACAGUGUAAGCUGGGUAUAGUGAAGUUCAUUGAAGCUGAGCAAGUGCCCGAACUUGAAGCUGUUAUACACCUGGUUGUAGCCUCCAGUGAUACAAGACACAGUGUUGCCACGGCUGCAGACCUGGAACUAAAGAGCAAACAAAGUGUAAUUGACUGGAACAAUCCUACUAUCAUCAACAAAAUGUAUAAAGUGUAUCUUGGGGAUAUACCACUGAAAACCAAGGAGGUAUCUGUUCUGAAGCAAGAAAUGAAACGAGAGUCAGUCAGCACCCGUGUUAAAUUAAAGAUAGUUCCUCAUCUUCUGCGAUCCAGGCAAGCUGCAGAAACGUUCCCAGCUAAUAUUCAGGUGGUUUAUGAUGGACUCUUUGGUGCAAACACAAAUGCAAAACUGAGAAGUCUGUCCUUGCAGUUUGUGCAUCAUAUUUGUAUCAUUUGUCCAGAAAGUAAAAUAAAGCCAUUAGGCCCGAUGCUUUUAAACGGUCUUACAAAGCUGAUCAAUGAAUACAAAGAGGAUUCAAAACUGCUCUCAAUGGCAUAUUCAGCGGUUGGAAAGCUCUCAAGCCGAAUGCCUCAGCUCUUCACUAAGGACAUUGCACUGGUACAACAGUUUUUUGAAGCUUUAUGUAAGGAAGAUGCUGAUACUAGGCUUGCCAUUCAGGAGGCUUUGUCUAUGAUGGUUGGAGCGUACACUAACUUGGAAGGAGCCCAGCGUACCCUGAUGGAAGUUCUUGUAGCUUCUUAUUUAAUAAAGCCUGAAGUUCAAGUACGUCAAGUGGCUGUGAAAUUUGCUAGCACAGUGUUCCCUCUGAAUCAUAUCCCAUCCAGAUACUUACUCCUGUUAGCUGCAGGAGACCCGCGGGAGGAGGUACAUGGAGAAGCUCAGCAAGUGCUGAGAACAUUUCCUGGUAAAAAUGAAAAGGAGAGUUCUGGGAAGCAGAUGCCUUCGUUCCCUGAAAUGGUCCAUUACAUUCAAGAUAAGGCCUCUCACCAAAUGAAAACUCCAGCUAAAUAUACGACUGGGACUGCAGCAUUGCCUUUCAAUCCUGCCACGUUUGGUGAGAUAGUUCUGUAUCUGCGGAUGUGUCUUGCUCACAGUGCAGGUGUGGUGCCAACCUCGCAGAGCUUGGCAGAUAUGCAAGACCAAGCUCCAGCCAUUGGACGUUACAUAAGAAACCUCAUGUCUGGCAACCACAUAUCUUUAUCUUCCUCUUCAAAAAGUGCAGAAACCAACCCUGUGCUUAUGUAUAUUGGCCUUCUUCAGCAGCUGUUAACUAAUGUUGGAGGUUUGCCGGUCAUGUAUUGUCUUCUAGAAGUUGUUUCAGUGUAUCCAGAAAAACUAGCCACCAGAUUUGUAGACAAAAUGGAUUGGAUAAAGAGUUUGAUGAACACAAACAAAGAAGAAAUGCGCGAGCUUGCAGCCCUGUUCUAUUCUGUGGUGCUGUCUACCAUGUCUGGAGAUGAGCUUAGGGCCUCCUUGGAGCAGCUGAUUAAGAUGACGAAAGACAACCAUAGCCCGGAGGUCCAACAUGGAUCCUUGUUGGCUUUGGGAUUUACAAUUGGAAGGUACUUGGCCAAAGGGAAAUGCAGAACAAGGGAGCUACAUAAUACAGAACAGCCAAACACUGCCGUCAUGCUGGAUCAAGAACAGCUCAUAAAGUCAACAACGGAGACAAUAGGUUCUUUUCUGGACAGCAGCUCUCCCUUUCUUGUGGUGGCUGCUUGUACCGCUCUUGGGGAGAUUGGAAGGAAUGGCCCCUUGCCAAUCCCCAGUGAAGGACCAGGAUUCACAAAGCUUCAACUUGUGGAAAGCUUAUUGGCUCGAAUCCCUUCCAGCAAGGAAACAAAUAAGAUGAAGGAACGAGCAAUACAGACAUUAGGUUACUUCCCAGUGGGAGAUGAAGAUUUUCCCCACCAGAAGCUACUGUUGCAAGGUUUAAUGGAUUCUGUGGAGGCCAAACAAAUAGAACUGCAGUUCACCGUUGGUGAAGCUAUUACCAGUGCUGCUGUAGGGACAAGCUCGGUAGCUGCACGUGAUGCAUGGACGGUCACAGAGGAGGAAUAUAUCCCUCCUUCAGAUUUGAAAGGGAAUGAUGUGGUUCCCUGGGUCCUAGACCUUAUUUUGAACAAGCACAUAAUCAGCCCCAACCCACACAUUAGGCAGGCAGCUUGCAUCUGGCUUCUGUCAAUGGUGAAGAAGCUGAGCACACACAAAGCAAUUAAGUCUCAUCUCAAGGAUAUUCAAAGUGCAUUUGUUUCAAUUCUGUCAGAUAGUGAUGAGCUUAGUCAAGAUGUUGCUUCAAAAGGUCUUGGGCUGGUAUAUGAACUAGGAAGCGAAGAGGAUCAGCAAGAGCUAGUCACCACACUUGUUGAUACCCUUAUGACAGGGAAAAGAGCCAAACAUGAGAUGACUGGAGAAACUGUGGUGUUUCAGGGUGGCCUGAGCAAAACCCCAGAUGGUCAAGGCCUUUCUACCUACAAGGAGCUUUGUUCACUGGCUAGUGAUCUCAAUCAACCAGACUUGGUGUACAAAUUCAUGAAUCUGGCCAACCAUCACGCCAUGUGGAAUUCUCGAAAGGGAGCAGCUUUUGGUUUUAAUGUGAUAGCUGCCAAGGCUGGAGAGCAGCUGGCUCCAUUUUUGCCCCAGCUUCUUCCCCGGCUAUACCGUUACCAGUUUGACCCCAACCUGGGGAUUCGACAGGCAAUGACCAGCAUUUGGAAUGCCUUGGUCACCGACAAGACGAUGGUUGAUAAGUACAUGAAGGAAAUUCUUGAAGAUUUGAUCUGUAACCUAACCAGCAGUCUGUGGAGGAUAAGGGAGUCCAGCUGUCUGGCAUUGAACGACUUACUAAGAGGAAGAUCUUUGGAUGACAUUAUAGACAAGCUUCCAGAGAUCUGGGAAAUACUAUUCAGAGUGCAAGAUGACAUUAAGGAAACUGUGCGAAAGGCAGCAGAUCUCGCCCUGAAAACUUUAAGCAAGGUCUGUGUGAAAAUGUGUGAGCCCUCUAAAGGAGCAGUGGGUCAGAAGACGAUAGCUGUAUUACUCCCUUGCCUCCUAGACAAAGGGAUAGUAAGCACAGUUGCUGAAGUCCGAUCUCUCAGCAUUAACACUCUUGUGAAGAUCAGUAAAAGUGCUGGGUCUAUGCUGAAACCUCAUGCACCAAAACUUAUCCCGGCUCUGCUGGAAUCCUUGAGUGUGCUGGAACCUCAAGUCCUCAAUUAUUUGAGUCUUUGUGCAACAGAGCAGGAGAAAACUGCAAUGGAUAGUGCCAGACUUAAUGCUGUCAGGUCGUCUCCCAUGAUGGAAACCAUUAACUUGAGCUUGCAGUAUUUGGAUGUCUCUGUCCUGGGUGAGCUGGUUCCUCGGCUGUGUGAACUGAUCAAAAGCGGAGUAGGCCUUGGCACAAAGGGAGGCUGUGCCAGUGUAAUCGUGUCUUUAACCACACAGUGUCCUCAGGACUUAGCACCUUAUUCAGGCAAACUUAUGAGUGCUUUACUUAGUGGCCUGACAGAUCGCAACAGCGUGAUACAGAAGUCUUUUGCCUUUGCUAUGGGGCACCUGGUCCGGACUUCCCGAGACACUAGCACUGAGAAGCUGCUGCACAAACUCAGCAGCUGGUACAUGGAGAAGGAAGAGCCAGUUUACAGGACAGGCUGUGCUUUAACUGUGCAUUCUAUGGGACGCUACAGUCCAGACGUAGUGAAGAGCCAUGCCAAACAUGUGCUGCCAUUGGCUUUUCUUGGCAUGCAUGAGGUUCCCGAUGAAGAGAAAGGAGACAAAGAGAAUUCCGCUCUGUGGACUGAAGUAUGGCAGGAAAAUGUACCUGGUACCCAGGGUGGCAUCAGGCUGUACAUGCAGGAGUUGAUAACCAUUACCCAGAAAGCUCUGCAGUCCCAGUCCUGGAAGAUGAAAGCCCAGGGAGCAGCAGCAAUGGCAUCAAUUGCCAAGCAGACAGGCUCCCUUGUACCGCCACAUCUCGGCAUAGUGCUGUCAGCACUGCUUCAAGGCCUUCCAGGGAGAACCUGGACUGGGAAGGAGGAGCUGUUAAAGGCCAUCGCCAGUGUUGUCUCUGCAUGCAAUGCAGAGCUACAGAAGUCAGUGCCUGGCCAGCCCACCAUCAGUGAUAUUGUCCAGGCUGUCCUGAAAGAAUGUCGGAAAGAGAACCUGAAGUAUAAGAUGGUGGCACUGCGCUGUGCAGCUGGGGUGUUGCAGGCAACAAAGGAAGACAGGUUCCAGGAGCUGGCAGAUAUCGUCUUCCCCAUGAUAAAGAAGAACUCUCUUGAGAGCUUGGGCACAGGUUUACCAAAGCAUGAUGAAGAGGACGAGGAGACAAGGGAGAAAGAAGUGCAGGUGGAGUCACUGAUCUGUGCCUUUGAGACCCUGGGCAAAGCCUGGCCGAGGAGCCCAGAGACACAGCGCUGCUAUCGCCAAGACUUUUGCAAGUUAAUGUGUGACCGUCUGAAACUCGGCACAUGGAAAGUGCAGCUCGGAGUGCUACAAGCCAUGAAUGCCUACUUUAAAGGGCUAUUGCUGUUUGAUAAGGAGCACUUAGACCCUGCGGCUUUGACAGAAAUACUGUUGGAAACCUGUUCAUCUAUCACCCAUUCUUUAGAAAACAAAAGCUACACGUCCAUAAGAACAGAAGCUUUGACUGUGAUAGAACUGCUGCUCACCAAACUGCAAGAAACUCAACAGUGGGAAAGCCUGACACCAGAAAGCACAGAGCACCUCAUUCGUUCAUUGUCUACGAUGGCAUCAGAUAGCAGACCCGAGCUGCAAGAGAAGGCAUUUAUAUUGAAGAAAACACUUGAAAGUCUUGACUAAGCUGUAAAACACAAACUACAAAGUGCCAUGUAAAACAAAAACAAAAGAGUGCAGUGGUCUGAAAACCAAGUGGGGAAAAUGAAGUUUAUUCUGUAGCAUGCAUCAUUCCUGGCCAAAAUAAAAAAAUGCCUUAAAUUAUUUC